AGUGAUUAUCGUCGAUGCCUCGUCGCUGGUUGGGGGGAUACCUCUGAAGGGGGAGAUAUUUCGGAGACUUUACAAAAAGCGGUGGUAAACCUUCUGGACCAAGAAUGGUGCAAUUCCAACGUUUCUUACAACGGUACACUGACGGAUAACAUGAUAUGUGCUGGGUACGAACGAGGAAUAAUUGAUACCUGUCAGGGCGACAGCGGUGGACCUUUGACCUGUGAAGGUGAUGAUGGUCGAUGGCAUCUGGUCGGAGCAACAAGCUUUGGAGUUGGAUGUGCAAGACCACUCUUCCCGGGUGUCUAUACCCGAAUCUCACAGUUCCAAGAUUUUAUUACAGCUGUGGUUUUGGAUGCAUACUCACCGGGGAUCUACGAAGUCGACCUUGACAACGGCGUUCCCACAUCCAUCGCGUCGCCGAACUACCCGAUGAACUACGACACCAAUGACGUCAUCGUCUGGAAGAUAUCGGCCCCGGUCGGCCGCAGCGUAAGACUGGACGUCGUUGAACUUCUCCUAGAGACCAACUACGAUUAUCUGUACGUGGGCGAUGGACUGUUUCCACAAAGUUCUACCGAGUUGGUGAGAAUGACGAGUUAUGUCGUCAGCAGGUCUGUGACUUCACAUGGACGUCACAUGUGGAUGAGGUUUGUCAGUGAUAAAACAAUUACUUACGCUGGGUUUGAGGCUCAAGUGAACUCCGUGGAUCCAAGAGAUUGUUCAGGUCUGUUUUUUCCGUUUGGAUUAAAUGAAGGGGACGAAUUCCUACCAGCCAACGAUGAUGGUUCAACAAACGAGCUACCGAUUUCCGUCGCCUUCCCGUUCUUCGAUCACGACCAUACUAGUCUUUUUGUCAACAAUAACGGUGUAAUCUCGUUCUUGGAAAGAGUUCCUCAAUAUACCCCCGAUCCGUUUCCACUCGCUGAUGGCCGACGGCUUUUGACUCCAUUCUGGGCUGAUGUCGACACGACUAAUGGUGGGACUCUAUCCUAUCGACAAGUCUUACGAUUCGCCCAAAACGACGCCACAUUCCUCGAAGCUGAUGGAGUGAUAAGAGCACAAUUUGUUGACAUGAGAGAUUUUGUGUCGUCAUGGAUGUACAUCGCGACCUGGGACAGAGUAGCUUUCUUCCUUGCUUCUGAUACCUCUAUCAGGAAUUCUUUUCAAGCUGUGAUGGUGACAGAUGGCCGAUAUUCCUUCGCCAUCUUUAAUUACGGUGAUAUCAACUGGACAACAGGAGCUGCCAGUGGUGGUGAUAGUGAUACUGGUCUUGGUGGUACCCCGGCUCAGGUUGGAUUCAACGCUGGUGACGGAAAGAUCUCUUACAGCGUCCCUGGAUCUCGGACAGCGGCCGUCGUCGAUAUCGAAACGACAUCGAACAUCGGUGUACCUGGAAGAUGGGUGUUCAGAACGGACAACUCCAACAUCGAAGGAUUAGAAUGUACAACCUCCGGAGACAUUUCCUUGUUCCCAUUGGUUGGUUCAAUGCUUGGCGGAACUCAGGUUCUCAUCAACGGACCGUGCUUCAAUUCAAACAACCUGAUUAUCUGUGAUUUCGACGGAUUUGAGACUUCUGGAAGACUUCUGGAAGACGAGAUCGCCCUCUGCGUUUCGCCGACUUUCUACAAGGUUGGACAGAUUCCCCUGCGCGUGUCUCUAGAUGACGGACGCACGUUCGAUUUCACAGGAUUGUUCACAAUUAUCAAUGUCGAGGACGUUCCUGACAAUGUAUUUUCCUCGGUAACGGAAAGCAACCAAAGAGAGGCUUACUUCGAGAUCACGUGGAACUUAAACCUUGAAGGCGUGGAUGAGGUUGACAUCGUUGUCUACGGCUACCGAGAGGAGUCAGAAGACAAUUUCGUGGAGUUUAGUGGACCUUUGGUCAUAGUCGCAGAGGGAGUUGACUAUCAUCUCGGUCACUACAGUGUUGCAGGGUUACCAGACCUUAACAUACAUUACGACGUCGGUGUUAUUGGGGUCAUGGAAUCUGAAGGUCAAGGAGGAGAUUCUAACUGGGCUGCCCUCUGGAGCAAGGUCCAUGUUCUACAGUGGCACAACGGCAAUGACGUCACAAAUUGGUGCAAUGAUUGGAUUGAAAAAGAAGUUCUGUCUGAUAUUUCCUUUCUGUCCGUCACACACUCGUGCCCAUGUACACUUGACCAGGCCCAGAUCGACAUAGGGAGGUUUAGUCCGCAUCCGCUGUGCGAUGUUGGCAUCUCGUCGCCUAGCAACUGUAUCCAUAAACCUGGGGCGAUACACUGCGUACGAGCAGACACACCGAGCACACUAGGAGGGGGACAGGAGUGUUGCUAUGGUGAUGAAGGAAUGAUCAUUAAUGUAGUUGAUAGUCUGGGAGGGGGCUACAGCCAUCGUUACCACCAUGGGGGCGUUACCCCAUAUGGAGAACCUAAAAAGCUUCUUCACUAUCUUCAUCACGAGCGUCAGCGUCGAGAUUCUUCACGGCUCUUCAGCCACGGCUACGAAGCUUCAUCUCCACCUUCAAGCCUCCACAGCAUUCAUCGCGUACCAUAUAUGUCGCACUACCUCGUCGACAUCUUGCCCUGGACCUACUGCUGUACUACUGGUGGACCAUAUGAGUGCACAAAUUUUGGUCGCCAACGGCCUUCUCAAACUUGCAACAACUACGUACCGCCUCCUCCAGCAUUGGGCAAUGGCGAUCCACAUAUUUCAACUCUUGACUCGACCACGUACACCUUCAACGGUCACGGUGAAUUUACUAUGCUGAACGCACCGAUUGACUCCUUCAUCUUACAAGCAAGAACGGCUCCUCUCGUUGGAACGUCCGAUGCAACGGUGUUUGUUGCCAUGGCAGUACGAUUUGGUGAUAGUGAUGUCAUUCAUGUUCAAACCAAUGAACGCAGGGUUCUUGAUGCCUAUGUCCGACUAGCCGGAGAUGGACAACACUUCACAAGGAUUGAAUUCGAUCAAGCUUCUCGAUGGUCAUAUUCAGGGGUCUCGGUAACCGGUCGCAACAUUACCUCAGAUGGAAUUAUUGUAUCUUUCGACGGAGGGGUAGGACUGACGUUGAAGGCCUCAGAGGGGGCCAUGAGCAUUCUUCUUGUAGCUCCAGAUUCCUUCCUAGGUCAGACGCAAGGCCUGAUGGGAACGUGGAAUGGUGAUGCCAGUGACGAUUUUCUUACUCCUCAGGGAUCUUUUCUUUCCGCUGAUCUGACUACUGAGGAGUUGCACUACCAGUUUGGACUAUUAUGGGAAAUCGAAGCAGCAAAAUCGUUGUUCUAUUACGAACCGGGCAAGGACCACGAAUUUCAUACCGACCGUACUUACACCCCUGUCUUUGAGCCUGUCGCCAACCCUUUUGUAGACCAGAGCCUUGUGGUAGAAGUCUGCGGUACAAACCGGUUCUGUAUCUUCGACUACCAGACAACGGGGUCGCAGAGUUUUGCCCGGAAUUCCGUGGAGGCACUUGUGCAGUAUCAACAGGCAGUCGACAACAGAGCAUCGUUCGUGAGUUGCCCAACUCUUCCCGCCCCUGCUAACGGAAGUGCCAACGCGACGACCAACAUGACAGGGGGCGUGGCAAGAUUCGUGUGCGAUGCCGGCUUCGAACUGAGUCACCUGGUUAACUUAACCUGCCAAUCAAAUGGUAGAUGGAGUGCUGGCGAUAUCCCGACAUGCAUCAGUGAGACUACGACGCCAGUUCUGUCGACGCCCGCUAUCAUCGGAAUAUCUGUGGGAUCGGUCAUUCUGAUCGUUUUGAUCAUGAUUGUCAUCAUUUUGAUCUGCCUACCAAAACAACGUCCACCGUCGAGCAGGGCUAUUGACGUUGCCUUGACUUUCAAGAAGUCAUUGCCAUCAUGGGAUUUCAGGUAG